GCAGUCAUUUGUGAUUUGCAUACUUUAUAGUUCUAGGUAAAAGGGGAUGGAGUCGAGGAAGAAGAGAACGAGGUAAUGAAGGGACAGAGAGUGGGAAAGACUGCUCAGUGGAGAGAGUGAAACAAAGUCUCAGAAAAUUGUCGUGGAGUUCACUCUCGUUUGUUUCAUCUGGAGACACCCAAGUACCCGCCGACAAUAAUAGCUAGGAGGGAAUACGUUCAUUCCAGAUGUGAAAUUCGCCCUCCUUGGGAGAGUUCUGCCUCAUGGGAUCUGGGAUUUACACCGUUUAAGGCCGACAUUAACAGGGUCUAUUAAGUGGGGGGUUGCCAUAACGACGUGUUGGCAGGAUAUUGCCUGGAUAAGGCAUAAUGGGUCUCCUGACACAGCUUGGUCUUCUCCUGUGGAAGAACUUCACUCUUCGGAAGAGACAAAAGGUGCGUCUUGUGGUCGAGUUGCUGUGGCCUCUCUUCCUGUUCGUCAUCCUCGUUUGGGUGAGAUCUACCACUGAACCCAUUUACCGGGAUCAAUGUCAUUAUCGAAAUAAACCCAUGCCCUCUGCUGGGUUGCUGCCCUGGCUUCAAGGAAUGGUGUGUAACCUAAACAACCCAUGUGUAAAGAAUCCCACGCCAGGAGAAGCACCAGGACAAGUCAACAACUUCAACAAUUCUCUAAUUGCUGGAGUGUUGAUCGAGCUGCAGUCACUUUUGGCCAGCACGUCCAUCCGAGCCAAUGUCCGCAGGCUUUCGGAUGAUUUGGACCAGUGGACGUCGAUCCGGCAGACAUUCAACCCUGCGAAUGGUAAGCCCAUUCCUCUGAAAAGUAUCCUGACUGACAAUGAAACGUUCACUGCAUAUCUGAAGGAGAACUUGUCCGUGCCACAGACGGUCACAGACAGUCUCAUGACCUCGCAUAUACGCCUGAAUGAGAUAACAGGCCUUUCUACCCAAGACAACCUGAAGAACAGCCUUUGCAAUGGAACAACUCUUGAUAGAUAUGUGGAGUUCACCAGCGUCUCUGACAAAGAAGCUUUUCAGAAUGUCAGCUGCUCAAUUACAGUACAAAAGAUGAGACAAACCAGGGACGUUUUCCUGCAAAACCUGGACAUGCGAAAUAUUCCCACCAGUUUACUGUUGGCGUUGAAUCCGGCAGGGUCAUCUGAAUUAGCAGCAAAAACGACAAAGGACGCACUUCCUGUGAUUAAAGAGCUGACAAAGUUACAGAACUCAAUGCUGUUCAAGGCCUCAUAUAUGCUGGACUUUAAAGGGGAUGCCUUUGGUAGUCUGAACAAGCUACUAUGCGGGACAGUACCAGACUCCAACUCCACGAACACCACCCUGAAGUUCCCUUCUUCUGGAGCCAGCAAUAAGUCACUGGACAGGAGCAGUAAUUCCAGUGCCUUCUGCAAAGCUUUGAUUGACACACUCGAGGGAACGCCUGGGCUUCGGGUUGUCUGGAGCACUUUCAGGCCUCUGAUCAAGGGGAAGGUGCUCUACACACCAGACACACCUGCCACUAGAAUACUGGUCAAAGAGGCAAACCGCACAUUCAGCACGCUGGCCACGCUGAAAGAGCUGGCGGAAGCUUGGGAAGUUUUCGAACCAAGGGUUUGGAACUACUUUCAAAAUGGCCACCAAGUCAAUACACUGCGGGCCUUGCUUAAGAACCCAGUGUUCGCAGCGGCGCUCAACCAGCAGCUCCAAGGCACAAGAUGGACGCCAGAACUGCUCGCCAACUUCCUGUACAACGGGGCCCCUGAGGACCGCCCCUUGGGCAUGCCACCGAAUGACUGGCGUGACAUAUUCAACGCCGUCAGUCAAAUCCUGGACCUCCUGAAAAAGUUCAUUGGGUGCCUGGACCUGGAUAAGUUUCAGGCUGUCGACAGUGAGGGGCAUCUUGUGUCUAGAGCCUUGGACCUCCUCGACAACAAUACGUACUGGGCCGGAAUCGUAUUCCAAGACCUCGACGUGGCCGCCAGCCGACCUCCUCCGUACGUUAAGUACAAGAUCCGUAUGGAUAUCGAUGAGGCCGAGCGGACUGAUAAGAUCAGAGAAAGGGGGUGGACCCCCGGGGCACGGGACAACUCCUUCAGCGACAUGCGUUACGUGUGGGGAGGCUUCGCCUACCUGCAGGACAUGAUGGACCACGCCAUUAUACGGGUGCACACCAGCAAAUCCAAACCUCUAGGCGUGUUUGCCCAGCAAAUGCCGUAUCCCUGCUACGUGGACGACGUCUUCCUCCAGAGUAUCGGAACAAUGCUUCCCAUGUUCCUGAUCCUGGCGUUCAUGUACACCGUCUGCAUGACCAUCAAGGGCCUUGUCCUGGAGAAGGAACUGAGGCUAAAGGAGGUCCAGAGGGCCGUCGGAGUUCAGAACGGUGCCAUUUGGUUUGCCUGGUUCACAGAGAACUUUGUCCUGCUCUUGCUCCCAUGCACGUUCAUGUGUGUCAUGCUCAAGUAUGGAAAAGUUCUGCAGUACAGCGACCCCUCCCUAAUCUUCGUCUUCCUGCUGGUCUUCUGUGUGGCCACCAUCAUGGAGUGUUUCCUCAUCAGCGUCUUCUUCUCCAAAGCCAACCUGGCGGCCGCGUGUGGAGGCCUCAUCUACUUUGUUCUGUACCUGCCGUACCUCCUCUGUUACGCCUGGAAGGAUGUCAUGGGCUUCCAGGCUAAAGUAGCUGUGAGCUUGCUUUCGUGUGUGGCCUUCGGGUACGGCUGUGAGAGCCUCGCCAUGUACGAGGAGCAGGGCGUCGGCAUCCAGUGGAGCAACAUGGCCCACAAUCCGGAAGGAGACCGUCACACCUUCGCUGUGUCCAUCAUCAUGAUGCUGAUCGACGCCUUCAUCUACUGGCUGCUCACGUGCUACAUCGAGAACGUCUUUCCAGGCCAGUAUGGAAUACCAAAGCCGUGGUACUUCCUGUUCACAGCCUCCUACUGGUGCAACAAGUCUGUGGUUCCCAGUGCUGACCCUAGUCAAUUCAAUGACCCUAUGGAAUACAAUGAUUAUUUGGAAAGGCCUCCAGUCAAUAUGAAAGCCGGGGUCUCCAUCAGGAACCUUGUGAAGAUCUAUAAGACUGGGAAAAAGCUUGCUGUGGAUGGCCUUAGUGUUGACUUCUAUGAAAAUAACAUCACCUCUUUCCUGGGUCAUAACGGGGCAGGAAAAACAACCACCAUGUCAAUCCUGACUGGACUCUUUGCUCCAACAUCGGGGACUGCUAUAAUAAAUGGUUAUGACAUCCGCACUGACAUGGACACCAUUAGGAAGCAUCUGGGAAUGUGCCCUCAGCAUAAUGUCUUAUUCAAUGACCUGACAGUGGAGGAACACAUCUACUUCUACGCCAGAUUAAAGGGGCGAAGCCGAGAUGAAGUGAAGACGGAGAUGGAACAAAUGAUCAAGGAUGUUGGUCUGCCGCACAAACGCAAAGAGCUUGCCAAGAACCUGUCAGGGGGAAUGCAGAGGAAACUGUCGGUGGCCAUCGCAUUCGUGGGAGGAUCCAGCAUCGUCAUCCUGGAUGAACCCACAGCGGGAGUGGACCCAUACGCCCGGAGGGGGAUUUGGGAACUACUGCUGAAGUACAAACAAGGUCGCACCAUCAUCCUCUCCACUCAUCAUAUGGAUGAGGCAGACAUCUUGGGAGACCGCAUUGCCAUUAUCUCUCACGGCAAGAUGUGUUGUUACGGCUCCUCCCUAUUCCUGAAGAAGUACUUUGGCAGUGGCUACUACCUCACCCUAGUUAAGGCUGGAGAUUAUCAAAUGGCCAACGAGCGCAGUGGAAUCCAUCAGGGCCAAGUGAACGAUAAAAAGGUGACCGAUGAUUCAAGGGCAGCCAGUGUGGAUGAAGGGAUCGCAAGUCAAACCUGGAGCAACGCCGACCCGACAGAGCUAACCGCUGUCAGUAAGCUGGUGCGACGGCAUGUUCCUGAGGCGGUGUUCCUGGAGAGCAUCGGCCAGGAGAUCACCUACAUCCUGCCCUACAGCGGCGCCAAGGAUGGCACCUUUGCUCUCCUCUUCAAAGAGCUGGACCUAGAGAUGGCCGACAUUGGCAUCACCAACUAUGGCAUCUCCGAUACCACCCUAGAGGAGAUUUUCCUAAAAGUGGCAGAAAAAACAGGUGUAGAUGUGGAAAUGCCAGCUGCACCUUUGGAAAGAGGCAAGACAAGAAUUUCGUGGGACUCAAGGUGUCAACGGCGAAGCUUCACUGAUGUCGGGAACACUUCAGACGAGGUGCCGGGCAAAAGUGCUGAGGUGAAAGCGAAGUUCACGAGCCGGGUCGAUGACGCAGAACAAGCAGCCAAGGCGAAAGAGAAGGGCUCCAGCGUGAUCACGGGAUGGGAACUGAUCCGGAGACAGUUCCUGGCCCUGUUCAUUAAACGUUUCCACCACGCGCGUAGGAGCCGCAAAGGCCUCAUUGCGCAGGUGAUCCUGCCUGCGGUCUUUGUCUGCCUGUCCCUGGUCUUCUCCAUCAUCGUCCCUCCUUUUGCCUUCUACCCCAACCUGGAGAUGCAGCCUUGGAUGUACGGACUUCCCCAAACGACAUUUUACAGCAAUGAUGGACCGCCAAAUAAUAUGGAGGUGGCUCGCGUGGCGGACUCGUUGGUGAAUAACCCCGGGUUUGGGACUCGCUGCAUGGCUAACAACCCGAUACUGAGUCUCCCGUGUGUCCCGAAGAACUCGGACUGGUUCACUCCCCAAGUGGAUCCCUCUGUCAGCGACAUCUUUAUCAAUGGGAACUGGAGCAUGGCCGAUCCCUCCCCUAAUUGCCAGUGCAGCACGCCAACAAAGACCACGAUGUUGCCCGAUUGUCCACCUGGAGCCGGGGGCUUGCCCCCACCUCAGAGGACCCAGAAUACAACAGACCUGCUGCAGGACCUGACGGGCAGGAACAUGACUGACUUCCUCUUGAAGACCUACGAGAAAGCAGGCAAGAAAAGGUACGGAGGGAUUUCCGUCGGAGGAGUCAACUCCCAAGUCAGAAUGACUGAACCGGAAAUUGAAGCUGUGAUCACGGAUUUGAAAAGCCUGUUCAAUUCCUCCCAGGAUAACACAACAGAUCAGAUCCUCCUCAACGGCGAGACACUCCUGAAAGAGCUCGGGACACGGGAUAAUGUCAAGGUGUGGUUCUACAACAAGGCAUGGCACGCCAUCGUGUCCUUCAUCAACGUGGCCAAUAACGCCAUCCUGAGGGGCAACCUGCCAGCGGGUCGCAACCCCAGGGACUAUGGCAUUUCCACGUCCAGCCACCCCCUCAACCUCACCAAGGGGCAGCUCUCCUACCAGGCGCUGGCCGCCACCUCCACCGACGUUGUGGUGUCCAUCUGUGUCAUCUUUGCCAUGUCUUUCAUCCCAGCGAGCUUCGUCCUCUUCCUCAUCCAGGAGCGUGUCAGCAAGGCCAAGCACCUGCAGUUUGUCAGCGGGGUCAACCCCACCGUCUACUGGGUGGCCAACUUCGCCUGGGAUAUAUGCAACUACAUAGUCCCGUGUCUGAUAGUCAUCAUCAUCUUCCUGUGCUUCCAACAAAAAGCCUAUGUGUCCCCUCCUAACCUACCAGCUUUGAUUCUGCUUCUUGUAAUGUACGGGUGGUCCAUCACGCCCAUGAUGUACCCAGCAUCGUUUAUCUUCAGCGUACCCAGCACGGCAUACGUGGUUCUCACCUGCAUCAACCUCUUCAUCGGCAUCAAUGGGAGCGUUGCCACCUUCGUCAUGGAGCUUUUCGAUGAUGAGAAAAUCAAGAGCAUCAACAACAUCGUGAAGCAGGUGCUGCUGAUUUUUCCGCACUUCUGUCUUGGACGAGGUCUCAUCGACAUGGGAAAGAACCAGGCCAUGGCCACCCUGUACGAAAGUUUUGGGGAAAACCGUUUCCAGGACCCCCUCAGCUGGGACAUGGUUGGCAAGAACCUGUGUGCCAUGUCCAUCCAGGGGGCUGUAAUGUUUGCCAUUACUAUCCUCAUCCAGUACAAGUUCUGCUACAAACCCAGAUUGAUUUCUGGAGCGCCCGUUUCCCAGGUGGAUGAAGAUGUGGACGUGGCCCGGGAACGUGCCCGUGUGCAUCAAGGUGGUGCGGACGAAGACUUGCUGAGGAUCUGUGAUCUCUCUAAGGUGUACUCCGGGAAGAAGAUUCCUGCUGUGGACAGGGUGUGUGUGGGCGUUCCAGCCGCGGAGUGCUUCGGACUGCUGGGGAUUAAUGGCGCAGGAAAAACCACCACCUUCAAGAUGCUGACGGGAGACAUCGCCGUCUCUGGAGGGGAGGCUUUCCUAAAUGGAUACAGCAUACGGACAGAGAUGAGGGAAGUUCACCAGAACAUGGGCUACUGCCCACAGUUUGACGCCCUGAACGACCUUCUCACCGGACGAGAGCAUCUGGAGUUUUAUGCCAGACUACGAGGCGUACCCGAGAAGGAAGUCCCUAUGGUGGCAGAGUGGGGCAUCCAGAAGCUUGGCCUGGUCAAAUAUUCCAAUAAGGCAGCAGGCACCUAUAGCGGUGGGAACAAGCGCAAGCUGUCCACCGCCAUGGCUCUGAUUGGCUGUCCUCCUGUAGUCUUUCUGGAUGAGCCAACGACAGGGAUGGACCCCAAGGCCAGACGCUUUCUGUGGGACUGCAUCCUGAGUGUCAUCAAAGAGGGACGCUCAGUCAUUCUAACGUCACACAGCAUGGAGGAGUGUGAGGCACUGUGCACACGCAUGGCCAUCAUGGUGAAUGGGCAGUUCAAGUGUCUGGGCAGCAUUCAGCAUCUCAAGAGCAGGUUCGGGGAAGGCUACACCGUCAUCGUUAGAGUGGGCGGCUCGCCUCCCGCUCUGGGUCCUGUGGAGGAGUUUGUGGACAAGACCUUCCCGGGGAGUGUACUCAAGGAGAAGCACCACAACACCCUGCAGUAUCAGCUCCCGCACGGCGAGGGCGCUCUGGCCAGCAUCUUCAGCCAGUUCAGCACUCAUCAGCUGAGGCUGGGCGUGGAAGACUACUCUGUCGCCCAGACCACGCUGGACCAGGUCUUUGUCAACUUUGCAAAGUACCAACAUGAGGAGGACAGCCUGGCAUCGCACGCUUUUGACAACAAUGUGGACACAUCGGACGAAAUGCCACUGCGAACACGGAACUCAACAGACACUGUCCCGUUGAGGGUCUGAGUCCUGUCAAGGGACACCACUUGGCAUUGUACUACAGGUGGUAAGGGGGUAACUAGUAGAGAAUAGGCAAUAGCAUGGACACCACCAUUGAGGUUAUGUAGUGGACUGGGCAGGACUUUCAACUUCAUUGGCUGAUACCAUUUAAGACCCACUUCACCAUUGGCUGACCUUCGUGAUGACCCUUAUCGGUCAUGUAGUCAUAACUCCAACCAGGUCAUCAGGAAGGAUCAGUGAAUUAGCAUUAGCAUUAGCAUGGCCUCUGCUGCUCAAGCAGAACAGAACACCAAAGAUACAGAGCCAUUUAACCAACUCUAUAUGUACUGUAUAUCUCCAGUCUUCACUUCUAAAUAACUUUUACUUGUGCCGUCUGUCAUUAUAUCAAGUUUCAUUGUUGCAAAAGGUUCUUGUGGAAGUGCUAACGAAUAAUAACACUUAUAAUUGAAUUGUACUCCUAGCAGAGUGAAAUAAUGGCAGAUAGAUGUAAUUGGUCUACCCGCUUUAUUUUAUUUAGUUUUUUCUUUAUUUUUUUCCAGGAUAAAUUGUCACACACAAUCAGAGUGUGGUGUGAUUUAAUACAGGUAUACCUCAGACCUUGUAAAGGUUAUUAAAAACAUGGCAACGAAACACCUCCAACGUAGACAACCGUUAUGUCCCCUGUACAUUCUGUGAUUGUUGCUAGUCUCUUUCCAAAUGGUGCCCUAUUCACAUGAAGUGCAGUUUUCACUAGAGGCUUAUGAGAUUUCCAUGACUAUAGAUCUUUUAUUGUUAUACUGUCCGUUUUUCCCAAAUUUGAAUGACAUGCCUGCUUUGCAAAUAUGCAGUGUGUGCAAGAUUCUUCUGGUGUGUUAUUUGCAGGAUAAAGUGGGCCAUCAUUAUAGCUUUGCCUAAGACUCAGGAACUUUGUAAACAGCUUUGAAGAAAUUGUUGCUGUAUUUUAUUUAAAAAAGAAAACCUUUCAGAUGCACAUAUAAAACAUUAUACUGAGAUACAAUUCUGGCUUAAAUUUUCUUACAAUUGUAAAACCCCCAAGCACUUUCACAAGUUACAUUUGUAUUUAUUUUCAACAAUACAUAUUACAGGUUUAUUGAGGAAAAAAUGUGAGUGGUCCUUUUUGGGACAAUUCUGAAAACCCUAAGCACUUUGUCCAUUUAGCUCUUAGCGCUUUAUUCCCAACCGCUAACAACAACGGUGUGUGGCUCAUGGGCACUACAGUUUACUCUGACUUCUCUGAGAGCUCAAUGUAAUUUGUAUGCCACUCAAUGUCCCCCACAAUGCUCUUGUUCAUUGCAGAGAAUAAUGAAUCCUAUUUGUACUGAAUAUUGCUUUAUGCCAGGACAGAUGAUUAAACAUUUGCACAAAUUGUCA